UGUAUUGGAACAAUGGUAGAAGAGGAGGGAUGGGGUGUUAAAUGAGGGAACAGCUUUUUUUGGGGAACUGGGAUAAAUAGGAGUCGGCGUAAGAACGGAGAGUCACACUGUGGAGGAGAAGAGAUCAUUCAGGAUGCCAGAGCCGGUCAAAAAAACAGCUUCAGCAUUUACCAAGAAACCAAAGACUCAGGAGGCAGAAGAGGGCUCCUCUGUGGUCUUUGAGGCAGAGACCGAGAAUCCUGACACCAAGGUAAAAUGGCAGUGCAACACAAAGGACGUUGUCAGCAACGGCAAAUACGUGGUGGAAGCAAAUGGGACCAGGCACUCCCUCUCCAUCAAAGAUGUCACCACGAAAGAUGGCAAUACCUAUGCAGUGAUUGCAGGGGGGUCAAAAGUCAAGUUUGAACUGAAGGUGGUACCUAAGCAAGCUGCUCCAGUUGAUGGAAGCACAGAUCUGAGUGCAGUAAUGGAACCGAACAUGACUCCAAUUCCAGCAGGACCCCCGGAGCACAAGACCGCAGUGCCACCACAUGAUGCUCCUCCAGCUGAGGAUGGACACCCUCCAGACACAAGACAGGACCUGACGGGCCUGUUUACAGAGAAACCCCAGAGUGGACACGUCACUGUAGGUGAAAAUAUCACGUUUGUGGCUAAAGUGAAUGCCGGCUCACUGCUGAAGAAACCCACUGUCAAAUGGUUCAGAGGGAAGUGGAUGGACCUCGCCAGCAAGUCUGGAAAACACCUACAGCUAAAGGAGAUGUGCGACCGCAAUACCAAGGAGUACACCUUUGAAAUGCACAUCAUUGACGCUAAGGCAAACUUUGCUGGAGCUUACAGAUGUGAAGUAUCAUCGAGAGACAAGUUUGACAGCUGUAACUUUGAUUUGACUGUACAUGACGCUUGCCCCACUGAAGGCUUUGACAUAAGGACAGCUUUUCGGCGCACCAGCACAGAUGGACAUCAGCUCUCAGGAGAGCUGGACUUCAGCACUUUAUUGAAAAAGAGAGACAGUUUCCCAAAAUCUUCAAAUCGCACUGCACACACCAGCACAGAGCCUGAUGCGGAUGUGUGGGAGAUUCUCCGUAAUGCUCCUCCGUCAGAGUAUGAGAAAAUUGCCUUUCAGCAUGGCAUUACAGACCUCAGAGGCAUGCUCAAGAGACUGAAGAAGAUGAAGAAAGAGGAAAAGAAAAAUGCAGCUUUCCUCAAAAAGUUGGAUCCUGCCUACCAAGUGAUGAAAGGACACAAGAUAAAACUAUCUGUUGAGGUUGCCAGUCCAGAUGUUGAUGUGAAAUGGAUGAAGAAUGGACAAGAAAUCCAUUUGACUGGAAGCAAGUAUAUUUUUGAGAGUGUUGGCAACAUGCGCUCGCUCACCAUCAACCACUGCUCCUUGGCGGAUGAUGCAGCUUAUACCUGUAUGGUGGGUGAAGAGAAAUGUACCACCGAGCUCUUUGUUAAAGAGCCUCCUGUUCUGAUCCUGAAGAACCUGGAGGACCAGAUGGUGAUGAAGGGUGAACGGGUGGAGUUGGAGUGUGAGGUAUCAGAAGAAGGAGCCAACGUGAAAUGGGAAAAAGACGGCGUUGAGUUGACAAGAGACAAGUCUUUUAAGUAUCGUUUCAAGAAAGACGGCUGCAAACAUGUUCUGAUCAUUAACGAGGCCUUGAAAGAAGACAGCGGACACUACAAAGUGAAAACCAGCGGUGGCCAGUCAAUGGCUGAGCUGCUGGUGCAGGAGAAGACACUGGAGGUGUACCAGAGCAUCGCUGACCUCACAGUAAAGGCAAAGGAUGAAGCAGUCUUCAAGUGUGAGGUGUCGGAUGAGAAGGUCAAGGGCACCUGGUUCAAGAACAAUGUGGAAGUUAAGCCUGACGACAGAGUGCAUAUCACACAUAUAGGCAGGAUCCACAAACUGACAAUUGAUGACGCCAAACAUGAGGAUGAGGGGGACUAUACUUUUGUGCCAGAUGGAUAUGCUUUCAACCUUUCUGCCAAACUCAAUUUCUUGGAGGUGAAGAUUGACUAUGUGCCACGCCAAGACCCUCCUAAGAUUCAUCUGGACUGCAUGGGUCGCACCGCUGAGUCCACCAUCGUGGUGGUGGCUGGUAACAAACUGCGUCUCGAUGUCCCCAUCACAGGAGACCCUGCACCCACAGUGAUCUGGACCAGAGGAGAAAAGGUAGUCACAGAGAGAGAUGGUAGGGUCCACGUUGAAAGCAGCACGGGCCACUGUAUCUUCACCAUUGAGGGUGCUGAGAGGCACGACGAGGGAGUCUAUUCGGUUGUGGUUCGAAACCCUGCUGGGGAAGACACUGCAGAUAUCACUGUGAAAGUCGUUGAUGUUCCAGACCCUCCUCAGGCUCCUAGAAUCCUCAGUGUAGGAGAGGACUCCUGUGUUGUCCAGUGGGAUCCUCCUCUGUUUGAUGGGGGACAACCAGUUAUUGGUUAUGUAUUGGAGAGGAAGAAGAAGAAGAGUUACAGGUGGAUGAGGUUGAAUUUUGACCCUUACCCAGAAACAACCUAUGAAGCCAGGCGUAUGAUUGAAGGGGUGGAAUAUGAGAUGAGAAUCUACGCUGUCAACAGCAUUGGCAUGUCUCGUCACAGUCCUGCCUCGCAACCUUUUGUGCCAGUUGCCCCAACAAGCGAGCCCACUGGACUUUGUGUCGAUGACAUCAGUGACACUUCCAUCUCACUUAAGUGGAGGUCGCCUGAGAGGAUCGGCUCUACUGAACUGGAGGGUUACUUGGUUGAGUACUGUAAGGAGGGCACAGAUGAAUGGGUGGCAGCCUUUCAGGGUCUCACAGAGAGGACAUCUGUGGUCAUCAAAGAUCUCACCACCGGAGACAAACUGCAGUUCCGUGUUCGCGCACACAACAUGGCAGGUCCCAGCGCUGCUGCCACCCUGUCACAGGCGGUGACCAUCAGAGAGAUAAUGCAGCGCCCUAAAAUUUUGCUGCCUCGUAACCUUCGGCAGACUAUAAUUAAGAAAGUUGGAGAGACCGUCAAUCUUUUAAUUCCUUUCCAGGGUAAACCCAGGCCGAAUGUAGCCUGGAUUAAAGAUGGGAAGCCGCUAGACCCCACUGUGGUCAGCGUGAGGAACAGUGAUACAGACACAGUCUUUUUCAUCCGCAAGUCAGAGAAAAAACACUCAGGCACGUAUGAGCUCCAUGUGCAGAUAGAAAAUGUGGAAGACACAGUGAGUGUCACACUGCAGAUUGUUGAUCUCCCAGGACCACCAGAGGCUCUGAAGAUCAUGGAUGUUUGGGGUUUCAAUGUGGCCCUGGAGUGGAAGCCACCCAAGGACAAUGGAAACUGUGAAAUAACAGGUUAUGCUGUUCAGAAAGCUGACAAGAAGACCAUGGAGUGGUACACUGUCCAUGAUCACUACAGGCGAACAAACUGUAUCGUGUCUGACCUCAUCAUGGGGAAUGAGUUUGUCUUCCGCGUCUUUGCCAUUAACCUCGUAGGCCUAAGCCCAGUUCCCUGCAACACAAAAGACAGCGCGUACAUUCAAAAAACAGGAAUUCCGUACAAGUCACCAACCUAUAAGGAUCAUGACUUCUCAGAAGCACCCAAGUUCACCCACCCACUGGUGAGCAGAUCCAUCAUCGCAGGAUACAACGCCACCCUCAGCUGCUCAGUCAGGGGCAUACCAAAGCCCAAAGUUACCUGGUACAAAAACAAAAUAGACAUCACCAAUGAAGCCAAGUACAGAAUGCUCAGCAAGCACGGUGUUCUGACUCUGGAGAUCCGUAAGCCCUGCCCGUUUGAUGGGGGGGUCUACAUGUGCAAAGCAGUCAAUGAGCGAGGAGAAGACAGUGUGGAAUGUAAAGUGGAGGUUCGCACUCACAUUGCUAAAGAAGAAAAGAAGGAACGGGUGUGAGUGAUCUGAACAAGGACACAGUUGCUCUCAGUUCACCUGCACCACUGAAUAUGUUGAAGCUCCGUUGAAGCCUUGACUUUGUGCACCGUGCUGCUCCUUUCACAUCUGCUCCUGUUCUACUCUGUGGCUGUGUGAUUGACAUGAUUAUUUCUUAUCGUUAAAGGAAUUCUCUUUUUUCCAUUAAUUAAUUUUUUUUAACUACCUAUAGGUUGGUUCUCAUUCCAGCCUUUAUCCAGGCAGACAGACGGCUUUAUUUCCAAUGAAGAUGAUUGCAGCAAGCGGCAACAUGAAUUAAACUUUUUUCUCAUUGUUUCAACUGAUCAACGAAUUGAUUUCAAGGAUUUGAUUUUGUGACAUUUGAAAUGACAUUUGAAAUAUAAAUUGCUUCAUGAAUAUGAAAAUGAAUAAAUAAUUCAAAAGAAUGCAUCCAGUUGUAUAAUCAACAGUGGCCAUUAAAAACAGUGUUGUGAAGUUUUACAAAGUUUUAUUGUAUUAUGACAUUGAAAUCAAAAUGAAAACAUUCAGCAUUUUUCACACAAAAAGUAAUGAUGCACU